AGGGGCUGGCCCACAGGCGACCCACCGAGACGCUGAACCCAGGCCGCGGGUCUCCCUGCGGCGGACGCCGGGGGAGCCCGCUCCGGAAGCCGCCCUGCCCCGCGCGGCCUGAGCGUCCGGUUGCCCGGGAGACGCCGCGCCGCCUGCGCACAGCGCCCGGCGCCGGAGUCGCUGCGCGGGGGCCGCUAGAGGCUGCGUCGCAGUCGCCUGGUCCGAGCCUAUUUUCUUUAAAGGCUGGCUUGAACCCUCGUGACCUGCCUUGUGGUACAAUCAUGGAAAAUAAUCUGCCUCCAAGUGUUUUCUCAGGUGGCAGUCGAGCACUUUGUAUCCAUACCAUGUCCUGGUCCCACCCUUUCUAGUCUGCGGUAUUGACCUGGAAUAGGACCAGAGAGAUAAACACCGUACACCAGAGUGCAACACUGAGCUGCAAGUCAAUCAGUACAGAAAUUUAAAUCACUUCAACACCAAUGGAGAAGUAUGAAAAAUUAGCUAAGAUUGGGGAGGGAUCUUAUGGCGUUGUAUUCAAAUGCAGAAACAAAAUCUCGGGACAAGUGGUAGCUAUUAAAAAAUUUGUGGAAUCCGAAGAUGAUCCUGUCGUUAAGAAAAUAGCUCUAAGAGAAAUACGCAUGUUAAAGCAAUUAAAACAUCCAAAUCUUGUGAACCUCAUUGAAGUGUUCAGGAGAAAAAGGAAAAUGCAUUUAGUCUUUGAAUACUGUGAUCACACACUUUUAAAUGAGCUGGAAAGAAACCCAAAUGGAGUUGCUGAUGGAGUGAUCAAAAGUGUGUUAUGGCAAACACUUCAAGCUCUCAAUUUCUGUCAUAAACACAACUGUAUUCACAGAGAUGUAAAACCUGAAAAUAUUCUAAUAACUAAGCAAGGAAUAAUCAAGAUCUGUGACUUUGGGUUUGCACGAAUUCUGAUUCCAGGAGAUGCCUACACUGACUAUGUCGCUACAAGAUGGUACCGAGCUCCCGAACUUCUUGUGGGGGAUACCCAGUAUGGUUCUUCAGUCGACAUAUGGGCUACUGGUUGCGUUUUUGCAGAGCUGCUGACAGGCCAGCCACUCUGGCCUGGAAAAUCAGAUGUGGACCAACUUUAUCUGAUAAUCAGAACAUUGGGAAAGCUAAUCCCAAGACAUCAGUCUAUCUUUAAAAGUAACCAGUUUUUCCAUGGCAUCAGUAUACCUGAACCAGAAGAUAUGGAAACUCUCGAAGAAAAGUUCUCAGAUGUUUAUCCUGUGGCUUUGAAUUUCAUGAAGGAGUGUCUGAAGAUGAACCCAGAUGACAGAUUAACCUGUGCCCAACUCCUGGAGAGCCCCUACUUUGAUUCUUUUCAAGAGGACCAAAUUAAAAGAAAAGCACGUAAUGAAGGAAGAAACAGAAGACGUCAGCAGAAUCAACUGUUGCCUCUCAUACCAGGAAGCCACAUCUCCCCCACACCUGAUGGAAGAAAACAAGUCCUCCAGUUAAAAUUUGAUCAUCUUCCAAACAUUUAGUUCUUUCAAGAGGAAAGUAAUUUAAUACGUAUACACAUUUUUGUACCAGAGAGAUAGGGAGUCUCAGUGUUUCAGAUGCAAAUGAGCCAUAUGAAAAUUAAGAUGCUUUCUAGAAUUGUUUUGCUCUGAUCAUUACUGAUUCCUCUGCCUGUGUUUUUCACAUGCCAAGUUUAUCUUUUAGAACAUUUUCUAUAAAUGUUAACAGCGUUUGAAACUGCACAUAUGGAGGAGAGAUUUUCGAUUUUAUCAGAGCAGCCCCUCUUGAAGCAACUUGUAUUGAGAAUUUGUGAGCUUAUCCUUUGAUUUAUGAAAAAGAUUUACAUAUACCAUCUUGCUUCAGCUGACCACAUACAGGCUUAGAACAAUAUCAGAUAGCUUGCCUCGCCAUUGUUUGUGUAAGGAAUGGCAUUAUAUUUCUGCAUUUUAAUUCGCUCUUGUUGCAACCAGGUCUGUUGAGUUAAUCCUGGUAUUUUAUUCUGUGUUUUUAUAUUGGUGUAGGAAGGGAACCUUGAAAUGUCAUCCAGGUUUAUCCCUUAAUUCCAGGGCAGACUCUACUUUCUCUGUCUCAUAAGACAUUGACAAUUCUAUUUUUAAAGCUAGCUAGAGAACAUGCCGUACAUUUACAUAGAAAAUAGUGGAUGAACUGCGAGGAAUUACCAUCCUCGUGACAUCACGCCCUAGCAUACCUGACUGCUGAGCCUUUGGCUGUCCUUUGGUGCAUCACAGCUCCUUAUCCUUUUCUCCUCCUGAUUAAGCCAUCCCAGUACCUAAACCUAUCCUCCUGGGUGUAUUUUCUAAACAUCUCGUUGUCAACAGUCUUUUCCAAACAUUUGCAUCCACACGCUCUAUAAACUUGUCUAGCCCUACACCUGGGCAUCAUGGUCAGGUCAAGUUUGUAAACACUUCUGAGAGCAGGAAGAUUAUCAUUCAGUUAACUUCAUUUUGUGUCUCUUGUCAAAAAAAGACACAAACAAACAAAACACCUCAAUAAGUGAGUUGAAUUUAUGUUGGGACGUUUUCCCGAGUAAACUUGACACACAUACAUACUUAUGUGUAAAUAUAUAUUUAUAAUUAUAAAUUUUGAAGCAUCAGAGUAGAUCCCUUUUAUCCUGGACAUCUAAAAAUGGUAUAGACAAUUCGAAAGUACUUUUAGUUUGCUAGUAAAGAACUCAUGUAAAAUAAUAGCAUGAGGAAAAAAUAAAUAAAAAUAAUAGCAUGAGGCUGUCUAUCACUGACUGGCAUAAAGGCACAAAAUAAUGGCAUCUUUAUCAAUAAAUAUUAAGAUUAUUUCAUUAACUUUUUUCUGCUUCUGGGUCUGGCAUGCAUACCUGAACAUUGUUAAAUUUUGCAAAUAUACCUAAUUCCAGAAAUUCUUUGUAUUUGACACUGAGACACCAAGCAUAAACUGUUAUUAAGGAAGCACAGUUCCACCUCAUGGUCAUCUCUAAAAGUCUGCUGCACAUAUAAACAUGGCUCUAUGAACUUUCAGAGAAUCCCAUUCAGUUACUUGGGUACAUCUCUUUAUUAAGGAGUUAUGACAUCUAAACUAUAGUUCUUUGCUCACUAAAGAUAUUUGAGGUGGGCUUAUUUGACCAUUUAAUAUUCUUGGUGUGAAUAUAGCCUGCUUAGGAUCUUCUUUAUUUUCAUUUUAUUAUCAGAAUGUGUCUCUUCAGACUUUUUGCAUUUUUAGUAGGAUGAUACCACAGGUACAAGAACAAUGAGGAAUAAAAGAUAAAAGCAACAUUGAUGAAAGAUUUAUUUUUAGCUUUCAUAGUGGGUUUUUUUUUAAUCAUUUAAGCCUUCUUAUUGCCAAACCACUCAUGAUGCUCAGGCUCACCUAAAUGUGAGCUUCGUGCAGAAAUUAAGACAGCGUAAGACCCCAUUAUCCAUUUUAUAAUUGUGCUUCAAACAACAGUGGAGUUUUGGGCAGAGGUUGGUUGGAUAAUUGUCUUCCCUUAAUUUUUGCUUACAUUUAAGAAUCCAUUUAAACUAGCAUCUCUGUCUCCAUUCUGUUCCUGAGACAAAUUCAUCAUUUAGGUAUCAUGGGGGAGAAGAGAGGUGAAAGCAUCUAAUGCUUAGAAAAAUGUUCCAGUGUAGUCAUAUUACCUUGAAGAAAAGGAAUCUUCUGAUGGACAUUUGCAUGCUUAUCUCUCCCUGGCUGGCCCAGACCACAGAGCAUCUCAGAUGCCUGGGUCGCUCAGGGGCACACAUCUAGAAUUGCGACUCUCUACAGAGUGUGGAUUUCUCACCUCCGUACUUUGCAGGUUCCCUCGCAUUUCUCAGCUGCAUGGGAGACAGCUGUACUUCCGCCCAGAUUAAGUAAUGACUUUUGUAAAAGUUCUCCUCAGCAAAUAGGCUUGCUCUUUGCAGAAGCCCACGUGAUUCUAUAACCACACGUUUCCUUUUACAGCCUUGCAUGCUUUCUGGCUUACCUGGGGCAUGUCUCACCCAUGCCAACUGCCAGGCUUUCUAAUUUACUUAUAGAGCUCUUUCCCAGGGCUGUCCAAAUACGACACCGUCACGGUGAGUGGCACCAUCUGAAUACUCCUUUCCUCCACGUCAGUGUGACCUCUUGGCGCCCCGGUUUUCCCACGCUUUCCACACACAUAUACCUGAGACUCUCCAAGUUGCUCUCUUUCUUUCUUUCUUUUUUCUUUCUUUUUCCUUCCUCCCUUCCUUCUCUUUCAUUCUUCUUUCUCUCCUUCCUUUCUCAGGGCACUUGACAGUUACAAAUGCAGACCUUAUUUAUUCUUAGUGCUGCUGCUGCUUCAGGGAAGAAGAACGUAUAAUACAUAAUAUAGAGAGAGGACAUCAGCCCCGUAGGCCUCUUUGCUUGGACUCUGUCUUUAGUCCCCAUUUUGGUCCUGAUGAUAUAUCCAUGCAUUUGUUCUGACUUGCUCCAACCACAAAGCCCUUGAGGGGGUCACUUUUUAAAGAUUGUUUUAACAAGACUGAACCACUGAAAAGUGGUAUUCAAGAGGCAGCGGUCAGAUGCUUUGGAUUAGGGAGGUGACUGAGUGAAGGGGAACAGCAGAGUGCAGGGAUGAGGAAGUGAGCAGAGACAGUGUCCCUCUGCUAAGGAGCUGUCUCACUGCCCUUUAGUGCUCUUGCAGGUUCCCCAAACUACAGGACAGAAGAAAAUUAAUAUGUUCUUUUUAAUAAGAUGAAAAAUUUUCAGUGCCGAACAUGUUGUAAGGUCCUUGUUCAUACUUGCCGUAGAAUUAUGGUUUUUUUAAAAGGUGGCACUUUCUUUGUCAUUUGUUACCACCAGCGAUUUCCAAUCCUGGUUUUGGAACAACUUGAAUGGCACAGAAUUCUCCAAAAAAUAUAAGUAUAUAUUUUAAAUUAAAACAUACUACCAAAAUAGGAAUGAUCCUAAAACUCCACAAACAGUAGAAUCUUGGAAAAUUGGAGUACUAGUGUAAGGUAAUAGAGAAAUCACAAGUAUACAGAUUUUAAUGCAUAUAGUUAAGACGUUAAGAUGUCACUGAGACAUUAACACUUGCAAGUUAAAGUAGUAUUCUGGGUAUAUAUGUGUGUUUGUUUUCUACUAGAAUCGUUAACUCAACAACGUCAUUCUUGUUUUGACAGAAGAUGAAAAGUCAUCAAGAGUGGUGGUUUAGAGAAUAAUAGGAAUACCAUUUGGUCUGGAAGUUAGGACACUGGUUCUAGGUCUGUGUAGCCUUGUCACAAUAUGUAACUUUCUUUUGCCUUCAUUUUCUCAUUUGUAAAAUAAGAAAGUGGAUAAAUGAGAUAAUGUGUUAGGCUCCCCUUCAGCUCUAAGCUUCUGUGAUUUUCUGUAGCGCGUGGUAUUUGUGUCUUGGACUUAUCUUCCACCAAAAUAGUCUUUCUAGAAACUGUUUAACAAUAUCAAAACACAUUUUGCUCUUUAUGAUUUAGCCAGGAGCAAGGAGAUCUCCCUCUUUCUCUCUCUCACCUGCUUUCUUUCAUACUCACACAAACACACACACACCACCCCCUGCUAGUCCUAUCAACUGAAUAGCAGUUUGCAGACAACCACCUAACGGAGGUCAAUUUGAGAAACAAAAUUAAAUUUUAAAGCUAAUUAUCACUGGAUUUUUUUAAUUAAUGUAAAUCAAACAGGUGUGCUUUCAAAAUGCAGAGUAAUAUAUAAUCAUUCUUUGCUGUUUUAAUCUAAUUAGCUUGGAAAUGACAUAUGCUGUGAAAUACUAAUUUAAGAUAUCCAUUAAGGCAAAGAACAUUCAGUACAUUUCUAACUUCAGUAAAACUUUUGGUAGUUUCAGUAAAUGAUAACUUAAUGGAAUUCUACAAAUAGAGCCGAAUUUUAUCUGUUUUAUAUUUCAGCCGCAGGGACACAGGCUCAGUCAACCUUAUAUUUAACUUAUCCUUAAAGCUUAUAAUCAAGCCAAGAAUUUGUUAUCCUGUUUAACAGGCAUAUAAAUGACUUGUAUUUAUAAAGUUACAAUUCUUCUUUUCUGUCCUGAAUACUAGUCACUGACUGUAUGUCUGUAUAUUGUUACUUUGAAGAUGUUGUGUGUCUACUUAUGAUUUUAGGACAUGUUUGUAUAAAGGCAGGUCUGCUUCAAACCACAUGAACUUAUAGCUGUGAUUCAAUUAGUAUUUGAUAGUUAGCAUAAUGACAAUUUAUACUUCUAGAUCUAAUGUACUGCAAACAGUUUUAGUUGUAUUAUGUUAAAUAUACAUAAUAUUUUUUUAUUUAUCUUAAGAUAUUUGUAAAACCUAAGAAUGGGAUUAAAAACUUUGGUGACUUUAUAUUCAAAUAUAUCACUUAACCUGAAUAUGCUCUUUAGCUUGUUUUAAUAAAAGUUAGAACUAU